CUCUACUCUGUCCUGCCGGCCUCCUCACAUCUGACUCUACUCUGUCCUACUUCUAUCCACGGAGGCUCCCUCUGCCACGGGUGGUAUUGCUCGGAGGUCGUGACCUGGUCCCGGUUCUGCUCCAAGUCCAUCCCCACCAUCAGGGGCCCUGGUGAAAACGCAGACCUGGACUUAGACCCCACGCUCCGGGUGAUUCCGCCUAGUGGGCUGCCAGAGGUGCCACCUGGCGGAUCCGUAACACCUAGGACUACA